AUGGAGUCUGGUACUCUUGAGUCCCCCAAGCUGGACGGGUUCAGUCUUGUCUUGCCUCUGCCUUAUCGUGUUGCUGUUAUAUUAGUUGCUGGCGUAUGGGGGUGGGGAUUGAAUGUCCAAUACCUCACUGCUGUUAAAAUUGAUGUCCCAGCAUUAAUACGAUAUCCAUCCCGACCUAAUACCGCCGGCACCGUCACUAUCCACCGGUCGACAUACCACCUCGCGACACUCCUUUCCAUCCCACUAGCCAUCUCUCUUCUUGCCUUCUGGUUCAUUACGCAUGGUGACCCUGCACGAGUCAUUGCUUGGGAGGCUCUGCCGCAAUCAUACCUAUUUCUCUUUGUCGUGCUACUUGCUUUUCCACUACACCGUCUCUCACGUGGAGGAAGACACCGAUUCUUGACCACACUUAAACGUAUCAGCUUAGGAGGACUCGCUGAAUCCCAAGAUGGCAAAUUCGGCGACAUCAUACUUGCUGACGUGCUCACCAGCUACUCUAAAGUGAUUGGAGACCUGUUUGUGAGCUCAUGCAUGUUCUUCUCAAAGGAUGUGUCUAGCACCAGCAUACCUGAUAGAGCUUGUGGUGGCCAUGUAAUGGUGCCUCUCCUCAUUGCUGUUCCCAGCAUCAUCCGACUACGGCAGUGCCUGAUCGAAUUCUUCCGAGUAUAUAGACGUGGGAACCGUCGUACUGAUGGUUGGGGCGGUCAGCAUCUGGCCAACGCUGCUAAAUAUACUACAGCAUUACCUGUGAUUGCUCUGACCAUGCUACAACGCAAUUACGAUGCUUCUACCAUAGGAGUGAGCGAAGAGACAUUACAUAAAUUAUGGAUACUGGCUGCCAUAAUUAACUCUUCAUACACCUUUUACUGGGAUAUCGAAAAGGAUUGGGAUCUUUGUCUUUUCUCCGAUAUCGUCAGCCAGUUCCGCCCUUCCUCCACUCUAAGGGACGAAAACCCACACCCCUUUGGACUUCGUACAAACCGUUUCUUCCAUGCCAACUUCAUCUACUACUCUGCCAUUGUGAUCGACCUCGUCCUACGAUUUACCUGGCUCAGCCGAUUGACCACGCGAUUAAACUGGGUUAACGACCUGGAGAGCGGAGUAUUUGCCCUUAUGUUUCUAGAAGUUACCAGGCGAUGGUUAUGGAUUUUUCUUAGAGUCGAGACUGAGUGGGUGCGGAAUACCCGUGGCCCAGCUCCGGACGACAUCCUACUUGGAGAAUUCACCAAGAUGGACGAGGAUUAA